UUCCUAAAGUACGGACCCGUGGCUUAUGUGGAGGCCGUCAACGCUCAACAAGAGAGUUUCGUGCGGUUUGGGGCCGAAAACGGCGCUAAGAAUGCGUUAGAAAAGGCAAAAAUCAAGACAGAAGUGAAGGCCGAAGACGGAGAGAAAUCUGAAGUUAAGACUGAAGACGGAGUGGUCGGAGACAAGGAUGAAGUGAAGACUGAAGACGGAAAGAAGGCUGAAGAGUCGGACGCCGUGUCUAAAGUGGAGAUCUGUGGCACUCAAGUGACGGCUGUGGUGCUGACCGGCGGCGAAGAGAUUCAGUACUGGAAUGAGUUUGAGAAGAAUAGGAUUCUUAAUAACCAGAAGAAAAAUGAUAAGAAAUUCCAGGGAAGAGGCGGCCGAAAGGGGAAAGGCAUGUGGCAGAGGAAUAAAAAGCGCGGUUAUCAGGGGUCUGGCGAUAGGAAUGGUAGUAAACGUUCCCGGGCUGAUUCGGACUAAAAUAUAACGCUAUUUAUAAAUGACUUUCUAAUCUGUUAUUAUAUUAAAUCCUUAUCUAUCAUUUUUAUAAUAGUCU